AACGACUAGUUCGUGACGUCAUCAGGUGGGCACGCAACUAUUCGAAGCACAUUACAAAAAGACCGGUUGAGUCAGGACGUAGAACUUGUAGCUUACUGUUCAGUUUCAAAAAAUGUCAACCACAGAGUUAUAUUCGGGUUAUACUGCUGAUGGAAAACCAUCAUCAAGAGUUCUGCGACCCCCUGGUGGUGGAUCCAGCAACAUCUUUGGUACCGAGCCAACACCCCAGCAGCAACCCAGACAGGAAGGGAGAAGGGAACAACAGCAGCAGCCCCCCUCAAACCCCACACAGGAUGCACAACAGGAAUACCAGAAAAACAAACCAAAGGGCAGAGCAGAGGCUCCUUUUGCAAGUUUCGCUGAAAGUGGAAAGACAUCUCAACCAACUCAGUUUAACAAGUGCGAUGAAGAAUCUCAAAAUGAGGCUGAUUUUCGCAGUUACUCAGUAACGGCUUACCGUGAGGCAAUUGUUCAGAAUGAGGCUAUCAGACAAAGAGCUCGUGGUCAAGCGGCUGGCUAUGUGAACCCUAUAACGCAUGAGGAGGGUCAGGGUGGCACCCCCUUCAAGGAUUAUGAGCAGAAGCGGCCACACCCUCAGCAAGUGCAACAGGCUGCACAAGUAGAGCAGCCGACCCGAAUGGUCCGCGGCCAGUUCCAUGCCUCGAACAAAGUGCAGUACAACCCUAUCACUGGUGAAGAGUACCCUGCUAACUAUGGGCAGCAGCAGAAUCCAGAGAAGAAAAAGGAAGAAGAGACGGACCCUGAAGAAGAAAAGAAUGACACCCAGAAUGUUGCUAACUCUACCCCUGCUGGAGAUGCUGUAAAACCAGCUUCUAAUCCUACAUCCGACUUUGUGAAAGUUCGCCAGCCGCCCGGUGGGAAGUCAUCAGGCCUCUGGUGAUAAUGACACGUCUGAACAUGCUGUUUCCUCGUUUUGAAGCAAGAUUUUUAGUUGCAUACAGUUAUUUUCAAAUGUUAUUUUAACACAGAGAUUUGUGAUAACUUGUUUAUGUGUAUUACUGUAAUAUGCAAUACUUCAUUAACAACACGUCUUAUAUUUUAUAUGUUUAAUCAAGCAUUCGGUGUCUGUAUGUAUAAUAUGUACAUAUAUUGUGCAGGGCCUGGUAUAUAAUACCCUAUUUAAUAAAGUAGCAUGUAGCCGCUGUCCACGGUUGGGGUUUGCAGGCAGCUCUUUCAGGGUAACAUGCUUUCCCUUUUUAGUGUAACAUCUCCAGUGAAUGUAAAGGUACAAGAUCUGUGUUCUAAUAUUGUACAGUCUCCAACAUCCCUGUGUUAGUUCGUUCAUUUUUGUAAAGUUUUAAUUGGGGACCAUUGUGACCUAAUGAGUUUCUUUCAUUCCAUAUUUUAUUGUGAGCUUGCAAAGUAUAUAUGUAUUUCUUCUAUUUAAUACAAUUACAAAUAAUGUGCUUUCAUACUUACGAAUCUGAAAUUAUAUUGUUUAUAUUUUAAGCAUGUAAAAAUUGAAUGUUUUUUUUCUGUAAGUUGCUUUGCUCAUCAGUUCUGACACUAAAAAUAAAUUCCAUUGUAAAUAA